AUUCCGUGCAUUGUUCGUGACAUCACUGAUUGCGUAAAUUAUCUCGGUUGCAACGCAUUGCACCACACGAUACAUUGGCAGUAGUUGUAAUAACGUUUUAGUCAGUGACGGCAGUUUCAUGCACUCUGUUGAUGCCGGGAAAGCGUCGAGCGGUAGCUCGAGUGAGGGUUCAAGUUACUUCAAAUAAAGUACAAUUUCAUCGUUUUAUCAUUCAUCAUGGAGACGGUCAAAUAUCUGGUAGCCUUUGGAUAUUUCAUUUACUAUGCUCAAGCGCAAGAUGAUUCUUCAAGUUUGAUGCUUCCAAAUGAUCGCUUCACACUGGAUGAUUGCCAUCUUCGAUAUCACCUGUUUCCGGAGUUCAGUGGGAGGGGAGCAGCUAACGGACAGCCUGCAAGGCUCAAAGAGUUCGCUCACAUAGGUGCUAUUGGCUGGACUCUGUCGAAUGGUAGCGUUGAGUGGAAAUGCGGUGGAACCCUGAUCUGGGAUAACAUUGUAUUAACAGCUGCCCAUUGUGCAACCGACUCCAGCGGUGUACGACCGGACGUUAUUAGAUUUGGCGAUCUGAACAUCUACAGCUCCGAGGACGACGAUUAUGCUCAACAGCUCAAAAUUACUGACAUUGUGAGGCAUCCUAAACAUCGAUAUGCGGCUCAAUAUCAUGAUAUUGCGCUACUGAAGCUGGAGAAAAAUAUUACUCUAGAUGAAAUGGUAGCUCCAGCUUGCCUUUGGAUUGAUGAAGAAGUCAGAUUCAGAAGGUUGGAGGCUGCUGGCUGGGGUCGAACUGGUUUUGCUGAUGAAAAAUCAUCGGUGCUAAUGAAGGUAUCCCUGAGACCGAUAGACAACGAAGAAUGUGGUAAAACUUACACGAACGAUACAAACCCCAAAUUACGUCUUGGUCUUCAGGAUCAUCACAUCUGUGCUGUUGAUGAGAAAAUGGAUACUUGCGAAGGUGAUUCAGGAGGUCCACUUCAAAUCAAAUUGAUGCACAAUGGAAGGGUAACUCCUUUCCUAGUUGGAGUUACAUCGUUCGGAACGGUUUGUGGCACCUCAGCUCCAGGUGUAUACACCAAGGUGUCUUCCUACCACGAUUGGAUUAUUGAUACAAUGCAGAGCCUCGGGGCAUACGUAAACGAGUUCACCUAUAAUGCCACAUUCUGUGCGUUGCGAUACGUGAAAUUUCGCGAAUAUGAAGAUGCCAUCAUCAAUAGAAUAAAUAAUUCGUACGUUUCGACAAGCUUUGACAACCUUCAUGUGCAAGAUGGCUAUCUUCCUGGUUACGUUGCCAAACUAGGGUAUCGUUUAAGUGGACGUGAUGAUUGUUACGGUGCAAUAAUUGAUGAAACUACGGUUUUGACGUUAGCUGAAUGCGUUUUCUAUGAAGGGAACCCUGUUGAUUACAUAUCAUAUUUAGAAGACGAAAAAAUAAACGUGACUAAGAUUCAUAUCCACCCUGAGUACACGGUUGGAUCUGGGUACAACAACAUCGCUAUUUUGUCUCUGGAGUAUUUGCUAGAUGUUCAUAAACUACAACCUGCAUGCAUUUGGUAUGAACAAAAGAUACCGGCUGAUUACGAAGAAGUGCACGUUUUCGGAACUGGUAGAGAAGAUAUAAACAACUUUUUACUGAAGCCUCCGUUGAUUAAUCCUGCAAUAGGACUUUUAAGGCCUCGUUUAGCUCUUCAGAACAGGUCUACAUGUGCUAUUCCUAAGUUAUAUGAGUCCAGACUUAAAACCGGUUUGAAAGAGGAGCACGUUUGUGUAGGGAAAGAUUUCUUUUUGGUACCCAAGUCCUGUGAUUUGUUGAUUGGUGGUUCCAUAGAUGUAAUUGACCGGCGCGCUGAUGCUGAUUAUCCUACAGUUCUCGGAUUAGUGCAAUUCGGAAGAGAUUGUGGAUUCGGCGAACAUACAGUUGCAACGGGAUUCGCAACGCAUCUUGAAUGGAUGAAAUCUGUACUGCUGGAUAAUCAUGUCGGUAAAAACGAUGCGAUUCAAUUCUUAGAUCAAGAACUGCACGAAGGCGAUUCCUGUGUUUUUAACGACAAUAGAAAAAGUGGGGUUUGUGUUGCUGUUCCUAGAUGUCAACGAGAAUGGAAGCAGUUUUUGACUACGGGAAGUGUUAAAUUUUGUUCUUCCACCUCUGUUAUUUGCUGUCCAGUUGAUGCAAUCGAAGAUGUAUCUGUUUUACAUUCGGAUUUGGCAGCUUGUCCAGAUAUAUUACGAAAUAUUCAGCCGGAGGCGCCAUUUGGCUCAUUGGUAUACAUAGGCUGGAUCGAUCGAGAUGACGAAAUGACGAUCAGUUGUAUAGGUUCUAUCAUCACAAAAAGUAUAAUUUUAACUACUGCAAGUUGUCUUGAGGAUGUUGCACCAGAUGUUAUAAACUUAAUUUCGAACGAUACAGAAUAUUUUUUUGAAAUUAAUGCUAUUCUAAAACACAGCGCUUACAAUUCAACCGACAAUAGUAACGACAUUGGGCUCGUGAAGUUGACAGAUGAGCUUGAAUGGAGUUCGGAUGUAUACCCAUCGUGCCUAUGGACGAAUAAAACUCACACUCCUGUAGAUGAAGAAGCUGAGUUACUCAAUCGACCCGUGCUAGCGAUGUACAAUUCGGACUGUCAGAGAACAAACGACUAUCAGCUACCCGAAACUCAGCUUUGCGCGCGAGAUCCUUUCAAAAAUUACACCUGUUCUGGGUUGUCCAGCAUGUUGUCCUGGCAGCGGAGUGAUGGAGUAGUGUUUGUUGUUGGCUUAUCAACAACUCUGCCGGAUUGUGAAGAUCGUUACUAUAUGAUAUUCACCAGAUUUUCAUCCUACUCACAGUGGAUAAGUGAUAUUCUAUUUGAUGAAUGGUAUUUGUGAGGAUAACUCUAGCACAGCAAUGGACAGUUUAUUAGUUGAAUUUUAGCUAAGAUGAAUUCCACAAUAAAAUAACUUGAAAAGUUAUCAACAGUUUAUAUCGAGCAUAAACUGAACAUCACCAUAAAACCAUAGCAUAACUGAAAUAAUUUAAAAAUAGUUUAACACAAGUUCAUUAUUGUACCGAUAUUGUAAAUUUCGUUUCAUACCAGCUAUAUGUUUUGAUCCAUUUUGUCACUUUUUGGAACAAGAAAAGAUCGUUCUAAAACCCUUUGCAAGCUGCUUAAUAAUACCAAUUGAUGGGUAGAAUGUUUCAUUCUGAGGAAUUUUCUUACUGCAUAGAAAUAAAUAGUUGAAGAC